AAGGGGGUGGGAUGGGCGGCGGAGCGGAGCUGCUGUUCUGGAGUGGUCGGCGCGGAGGUACGAGCCAAGGGGCCGAAAGGUGCCACCACCGCUCCGGGAUGAGCAGGCGGUGAAACUAUGUAGCUUUUCUAAGAAGCCCACUUUGGACCCUCUGAAGGCCAUAUGGCUCUGUAUGAUGAAGAUCUCCUGAAAAACCCGUUCUAUCUGGCUCUUCAAAAGUGGCGUCCCGACUUGUGCAGCAAGGUGGCCCAAGCCCAUGGGAUUGUCUUAGUACCCUGCAAAGGAAGUCUGUCGAGCAAUGUCCAGUCUACUUGUCAGUUUGAAUCCUACAUUUUGAUACCAGUGGAAGAACAUUUUCAGACCUUAAAUGGAAAGGAUGUCUUCAUACAAGGAAACAGGAUUAAAUUAGGAACUGGUUUUGCCUACCUUCUCUCAGUGCCCAUUCUCUUUGAAGAAACCUUCUACAAUGAAAGAGAAGAGAGCUUCAGCAUACUGUGUAUAGCCCAUCCUUUGGAAAAGAGAGAGAGUUCAGAAGAGCCUUCAACAUCCCCAGAUCCUUUGUCUCUGAAAACCAUUGAAGAUGUGAGAGACUUUUUGGGACGACAUGCGGAGAAAUUUGACAGGAGCAUCGCCUCUUUCCACCGAACUUUCAGAGAGUGUGAGAGGAAGAGCCUCCGGCACCACAUAGACUCGGUGAACGCGCUCUACACCAAAUGCCUCCAGCAGCUUCUGAGAGACUCCCGCCUGAAAGUGCUUGCCAAGCAGGAGGCCCAGAUGAACCUGAUGAAGCAGGCAGUAGAGAUGUACAUCCAUCACGAUAUUUAUGAUCUGAUCUUUAAAUAUGUGGGGACCAUGGAGGCCAGUGAGGAUGCUGCCUUUAACAAAAUCACGAGAAGCCUUCAAGAUCUUCAGCAGAAAGAUAUUGGCGUGAAACCUGAGUUCAGUUUCAACAUACCUCGUGCAAAGAGAGAACUGGCCCAGCUGAACAGAUGCACCUCCCCUCAACAGAAGCUGAUUUGUCUGCGCAAAGCGGUGCAGCUACUUACACAGUCUCCGAGCCAGAGAGUUAACUUGGAGACCAUGUGUGCUGAUGAUCUGCUCUCAGUCCUGUUAUAUUUGCUUGUGAAAACAGAGAUCCCCAACUGGAUGGCAAAUUUGAGUUAUAUCAAAAACUUCAGGUUUAGCAGCUCGGCAAAAGAUGAAUUGGGAUACUGCCUGACCUCAAUUGAGGCUGCAAUCAAAUAUAUUCGGCAAGGAAACCUCUCCGUUAAACCGCCCGAGUCUGAGGGGUUUGGUGAUAGAAUGUUCCUGAAGCAAAGAAUGAACUUGCUGUCUCAGAUGACUUCAACUCCCAUUGACUGCUUGUUUAAGCACAUUGCAUCAGGUAACCAGAAAGAAGUAGAAAGACUUUUGAGCCAAGACGGCCAUGAUAAAGACGUCGUCCAAAAGAUGUGUCACCCUCUGUGCUUCUGCGAUGGCUGUGAGAAACUCGUCUCUGGGAGGCUGAAUGAUCCUUCAGUUGUCACUCCAUUCUCGAGAGACGACAGGGGUCAGACACCACUCCACGUAGCUGCUGUCUGUGGGCAGGCAUCCCUCAUUGACCUCCUGGUUUCCAGAGGCGCAGUGGUGAACGCCACGGACUAUCACGGGUCAACCCCGCUGCACCUCGCGUGUCAGAAGGGCUAUCAGAGCGCGACGCUCCUGCUGUUACACUACAAAGCCAGCGCCGACGUGCAGGACAACAACGGCAACACUCCUCUGCACCUGGCCUGUGCGCACGGCCACGAAGACUGCGUGAAGGCUUUGGUCUACUAUGACGUGCACUUGUGCAGACUGGAUAUCGGUAACGAGAAAGGAGAUACCCCCCUACACAUAGCUGCACGUUGGGGUUACCAGGGCAUCAUAGAGACGUUGCUUCAAAAUGGAGCGUCUACAGAGAUCCAGAACAGACUGAAAGAAACGCCACUCAAGUGUGCAUUAAACUCCAAGAUUCUGUCCAUAAUGGAAGCUGGUCAUCUAGCCUUUGAAAGGAGGCAGAAGUCUUCUGAGAUCCCUGCUCAGUCCCCUCAGCGCUCUGUGGAUUCCAUCAGCCAGCGGUCCUCCACUUCCAGCUUCUCCUCCGUGUCAGUGAGCUCUAGGCAAGAGGAGGCCAAGAAGGACUACAGAGAGGUAGAAAAACUUUUAAGAGCCGUUGCUGAUGGAGAUCUAGAAAUGGUGCGCUACCUUCUGGAGUGGACAGAGGACGAGCUGGAUGAAGUGGAGGACGCUGCUGGUGCCGUGGGUCUUGAAUUUUGCCAUCCCUUGUGCCAGUGCCCCAAAUGUGCUCCAGCCCAAAAGAAGCUGUUCAAGAUUCCUGCCAAUGGGCUUGGUGUGAAUGUGACCAACCAGGAGGGCUCCUCUCCACUGCAUGUUGCUGCUCUGCAUGGUCGGGCUGACCUCAUUCCCCUCCUGUUGAAGCAUGGUGCCAAUGUGGGGGCCAGAAACGCAGACCAGGCUGUCCCACUCCACCUUGCCUGCCAGAAGGGCCACUUUCAGGUGGUGAAGUAUCUAUUAGAUUCUAAUGCAAAACCCAAUAAAAAGGAUAUAAGUGGAAAUACACCCCUCAUUUAUGCCUGUUCCAGUGGACAUCACGAAGUCGCCACGCUGUUGCUACAGCGUGGAGCCUCCAUUAACGCCUCUAACAGCAAGGGCAACACAGCACUGCACGAGGCUGUGAUAGAAAAGCACGUCUUUGUGGUAGAGCUGCUUCUGCUUCAUGGAGCGUCGGUUCGUGUCUUGAACAAGAGGCAGUGCACAGCUAUAGACUGUGCUGAGCAGAAUUCGAAAAUAAUGGAAUUACUUCAGGUAAUACCAAGCUGUGUUGCCACAUUAGAUGAUGUUGAUGAAAUGGACAACAAGGACUACAUUACUGUUAAGAUCAGGAAAAAAUGGAACUCAAAAAUGUGUGAUUUACCAGAUGAACCUUUUACAAGACAGUUUCACUUUGUCCGUCCAGCUGGCCAGUUUAAGCAGGGAGGCAAAGAGCCACACUGAAGCUGCAUCACCUGCCAGACCAGAGCAGACCUCCAACUGCUGACAGAGGAAAAGGGGAUCAGCCUGAGAGGCCUGCACUCAAACAGACUGCUCCUGGAAACAGAUGGAUGCUCUGCAGACACGCGGUCAAUGACGCAGUUGGAUCCAGGGGCCCAGAGGCUGCUGGCAACCUAACCACUCCCCAAGAGUCCAGUAUUUCCCAGGUUUAACAGUAAUAAGGAAUUUUGAAAUUUGCCGCCAAGAAGUGAAUACUCAACAAGAAGAUGCUGUGCGUGAAUACAGCUUAGAACUCAAGUGUACCUUCCAAUACCUUGGCCUGAGAGAGUAAGUCUUAAGCAGAAGAUUCCUGAAAACUUUUCUGUAGGACAGUGGCUGAGGGAAAGAAUGCAGCAAAAAGGUAUCACUGUCUCUUUACUCUUCAAAGCUAAUCAGUCAACUUCAAAAGGAACGGACGGGAAUUCCGCUAGUGUCCAGGGUAUGUGCUCCCUUUUAAAUGUUAGGGCUCCUUGGUUACAGUGAGAGGCUUCACCACCAGAUUCUGACCUCCUUCUACGGAAAGGUGCUAAUCCUCUGUGCUACAUAUAAAUUAGCAAACCAUAAGCUGAAGAGAAGCAAUUUAGGUUUCAUGAUAAUGUGGAGGCCAGGCAGAACAGUCACAUCUGAAUGAAGAGAGAUCCUGGAAAAAUGUUCCUUUGUAAAGCUUGAACCCAAAGAUACUUAAAUGUCACGCUGAUGGUCAUUUUAGGGAACACUGUGUACAUGGGAAAAGUUGGGUAUAGUUUUUCUUCCAGCAGAGUAAGUACAGAUAUCUGGUCACUGCAAAUACGCACCUGUAGCAGUGUCUCUAGAAACACCCUUUUCCGUUAAGAACCUCCCUUAAAUGUCACACCUGAAGGAUGGUUACUGAACUAGACAGUAGAUUUGGCACAUCUUUUCUUAGUCUUUUUAUUCUAAUUCAAAACUUGCAGCACACGUGAGGUUAAAGUUACUUUAAUUGCCAUCAAUUCCUUUUUAUAAAUUUCUAGUUAUUUUUUUAUGUUAUUAAUUGGUCUAGAGCAGCAAACAUGGGUUUGUCCUGAGUACACUUUCAAAUAACUUUGUAAUAGGGAAAUGGUUUUAUGCAUGUUCUUGGAAAUACUUGUGUGUGAAAAGAAGGGAGGGAUUAUUUUUCUACAGAGUAAUUUAUGAUUUCUAAUUUUCGAAUGUGCCUUGGAUACGUGCCAAAUGAUGGAAAAGAAAACAGUAAACCUUAUGAUUCUUGAGUGUGUUGUGGUAUACUUUUUUAGUUAGUAUUUUGCUGUGAACAUAAGAGUUUCUCAUCCUCUCUGCUAUUAACAUGUUCUUUGUGUAUGGAAAAAUGUUUCCCCAUGGGAUGGAUAGACAUUUUAUUCUUCAGCUAUACAUGUGUGAUUGAAACAUGUAAAUCUGAUCAGUCAGAGCAGAUUAUCAUCUGCCUACCUAGGGCUGAGAAUCUAGUCGACACAGUGCGUAGGGCCCACAGUGCUUGUUGUUAGUUGCCACUGAGUCAGUUCCACCUCAUGGCGACCCCACGUGUGCAGAGAACUGCUCCAU